UACUCGGGGUGCUAUUCAUCAGACUGAGAGGCUCGUGGCGCAGGUUGUGCAAGGAGCUGAGUUUCAAAACGUUUUAGUUUUGAAAGCUCAUUUUAGUUAAGUUAGUUUAGUUAAUUCGGUUUAGUUAGAAGUAGCUCAUCUGUCGAUCGAUUCAAAAAUGGCCGCGGAGUCUGUGAAAUUGUCUAAAAACCUGCUGAGGAUGAAGUUUAUGCAAAGAGGUCUGGACGCUGAAACCAAGAAGCAGCUGGAAGAAGACGAGAAAAGGAUAAUCAGUGAUGAGCACUGGUACCUGGAUCUGCCGGAGCUUAAAGCUAAAGAGAACCUGAUCAUUGAAGAGAAGAGCCUGGUUCCCUGUGAGGAUUUGAUCUACGGGCGAAUGUCCUUCAAAGGGUUUAAUCCAGAGGUGGAGAAACUGAUGGUGCUGCUGAAUCCUAAAGAUGAAAAGGAGGAAGAGGAGGAGGAUAUGGGCUGCAUGCAGACAGACAUCACUGAUGAAGAUAUGGCUCUCAGGUACGAGAGUUUAGUAGGAACCAUGAAGAAGAAGUUUGCAAAGAAGCGCGAGCGAGCGGCGAUGGACGAAGACGAAGUCAACCAAAACGUGGUUGUGAAAAACUCCAAGAAGAAAGCCUUCUUGAAGCCCCAGGACUGAAAAUAUUGUAAUCAUGAGGAAAAACGGGAAUAUCGGAAACUAUAAACUGAACGGACGCUACACCGUUUAAUCAUCUCUAUGAGACGUAUUACUGCCAACCGAGCUUUUAAAGGAACAAUUCAACGUUUCAGCUCGUCGCACCGGAAUAUCCGCCGGUUCCACUUUGAGGUACACGCCUCAAGACAUUCGGACUCGGACUGUGAAACAGAGACAACAGGAAGUGGCUGGAUGAAUUUCCACAUCAUUAAAGCUCUGCAGUGAAUCUCCAGAGGGACUAAGAUUAAUCUAAUUUAUGUUUAGAACUACACAGAUUGGAUUGAGUUUUUCUUAUUUAAAGAGAAAUGUUUUUUUAAACAUUUGUGCUGCUGCAAUGUUCUUCAGGUUGCCAAUGUAGAUGUAAAAACAUGUGAAUAAAGCAGAUAGGAGUUUUUAAAAUAAAGUCUGUAACCUUCA